AGGGGUCUCGCGACAAAGACCGAGACUGAAGCUCGUGGAGUGGUCAUAGGGCCCAUGGAUGGUUCAGCUGUGCUGCUACCGCGAGUCACAGAGACAGAAUUCAAGGCCAAGGUAACACGCGCCCCUCCAUUUUGGAGCAGCUUCAAGCACGAAACACCAAAGAUUCGAAGGGACGCAUUGCGAGUCGACUGGAUGAGAUGCCGCUUGGGCCAUGUUGUUCCGGAGGCAGAGGUGGAGGACAUCAAGAAGGCUCUGGAACCCCACUAUGGAUGGCUGAAACUUAUCUGUAGCAUUGAGUGGCCUUAAACAUAAGCUACUAGGAACAAGUGCAUCGCUAGUAGUAACAAGUGCCUUACUAGUAGUAACAAGUAGCUAGUAGAAACAAUAAGCUACUAUCGCUAGUAGUAACAAGUGCC